UCACCACCAUCCCCCCCAUAUUCGAAACGCCGCCAACCGUUCCUCCGGACCCUCGCCUCACUAGGUCAGAAUCGACCAAACGGUCCCGUGACCCACAAUCCCCGCCGCCGCGUUCACCACAGUGGCACAACACAAACGCCGCGUCCACCGUCGAAGAACGCACACACACACAGCCAAGCCGCCGAGAUGAAUCCCGCAGUCGCGCUCCUGGUUUGCCUGUACGUUUGCGGGGCGGCCGCCCAGCACGACCACGAACACAUGGACCAUUCGAAGCACCGGGUGAACGUGGGUGUCUACUACGAGUCGCUCUGUCCGGACUCCCGGAAGUUCUUCAUACAACAACUCUAUCCGUCGUUGCAGGGUGAACUGGCCCAGUAUGUUAAUCUUACCCUCGUUCCGUACGGUAAAACCACGACGGAGUUCAACAUUAACCAGUACGAGUUCAAAUGCCAUCACGGCGAUAUUGAAUGUUACGGCAACAAAUUACACGCCUGUGCCCUUCAUUUAAUCGAUGGCGGCCAACCUACUCCCGGUUUGGGAUACAAUAAGGUCGCAACUGGAUUUGUCAACUGCUUGAUGGACAAGGCCGUCAAAAAUGAAAACGCCGAACCACAAAUGUCGUUCACCAGCAAGGAAUGCGGACUGUGGAACAACGUGAACAACAUCAACUACAUUGACAACUGCGCCAACCACCCCGAUGGUUCUAACUUCUUGGCCCAGUACGGCAAACAAACGGACCUCCUCCAGAACCCGUUGAAGAGCGUGCCAACAAUCGUUUUCAAGAACCAGUACAAAGAGGAAGACAGCCAGCUGGCCCAGAAGAACUUCGUCAAAGCCUUGUGCCAAUAUAUCGACGAACCUAAACCAGCUGAAUGUUCCAAAAACUCAGCUUUCUCCCAAUCCGUCAACGUUUUCGCCAUGAUCGUAGCGUUGGUGGUUGCGAAGUUGUGGUAAAUGAAUCGUCGGUGUUCCCUCCCGUUUUGCCUUUUAAAUGUCACCCUCGUUGCCUUCAUUGUACUUCAACAACGUGUCUACUUAAGUAUUUUUUUUAGUUUAGGCUAUUUAUGACGUCUUACCAGAGAGAUAUUGUGAAUGUUUUUAUUUGUAAUAAAAAAAUACUACCUACAA